CUGUCACUGUGCGGCUUGCUGUCAGAGAAUGAAUGUGAGCGGCUAGCAGGCUACUAGCUUUGGCGAUGUGGUCACUCUCAGGAUGAUAUCGCAGCGGGACAGAGGAGAACUCGCUCGGUUUUAUACAGUCACGGACCCGAAGAAGCACCAGAAGGGUUACACGGUGUAUCAAGUCACCGCUCGGAUUAUCUCCAGGAGGAACCCAGAAGAUGUUCAAGAGAUAACAGUGUGGAAGAGAUACAGUGAUUUCCGAAAGCUUCAUCACAAUCUCUGGCAGCUGCACAAGGAUGUAUGUAGCCAGUCAGAGCUGUUUCCACCUUUUGCCAAGGCCAAGGUCUUUGGUCGUUUUGAUGACUCAGUGAUUGAGGAACGAAGACAGUGCUCUGAGGAUCUGCUACAGUUCUCUGCUAAUAUCCCUGCUCUGUACAGCAGUCAGCACAUCCAAGAUUUCUUUAAGGGAGGUGAGGUCCAUGACGGCUCAGAGCUCAUUGGACCAGCUGAGCCCUUUUCAGAUUUCCUGGCAGAUAGUUUAUCAGACUGCAGCUUUGACGUUCAAAGAGACUUCAGUGGUGCAGAUGAUUUGACUAUCACGUCUGAGUAUGGAGGCCCGUCCAUUGACAGUGACUUGACCUCCCUGGUUGUGGAUACAGACUCUUUGGCUGAGCUGGAUGAUGGCAUGGCCUCAGGCCGCACCUCCCCAAACCAGCCACAGGGGGGAGCUUCCCAUAUUAGCAGCAGCUGCAGCCCUCGCUUGCCCUCCCUGCAUGACCACCGCUCCCCAUCUCCUAGCCCAGUCCCUGCCUCCUCAGCCCCUAACCCCGAGGUCAGCUGGCCAGGCCGGAAGCCUCUCUUUUCUGGCACUUUGAAGAAAGUCAGCGGUGGCAAACACAAGGACGUUAAGUCCGACUACCUAGAAAAAGCCAGCGAGCUCAUCUGCGUGGCUGUACAGAAGGAGAAAGAGCAGGACUACCAGGCAGCUUUUUCUUAUUAUCGCAGUGGAGUGGACCUGCUGCUGCAAGGAGUGCAAGGUGAGCCCAGUCCCUCACGACGAGAGGCAGUGAAGAAGAAGACUGCGGAGUACCUGAUGCGUGCAGAACAGAUAUCCAGUCAAUAUCUGAAAAGCAACAUGGGUCAAGGGUCAACGCAAACAGUAGCUUUGGGGGUACAGUGCUGCCCUUCCAGCAGCAGAACAGGCCAGCAGAGUCCAUCUGAUGAGCUGAGAGCAUACAGGGUGUUGGGGGUCAUAGAUAAGGUUCUUCUGGUCAUGGACAAGAGAACAGAAGAGACUUUCAUCCUGAAAGGUCUGAGGAAGAGCAGCGAUUGCGGGCGGACCAAGAGGACCAUCAUGCCUCACUCUGUGCCCCACAUGGUACAGCUGAGGAAGUUUGUCGUCUCUGAAAACACAGUUUUCCUUCUGCUGCAGUACGCCGAGGGUGGAAAACUGUGGUCGCACAUUGAGAAGUACCUAAGUAAUUCAAGCCCGGAGGAGAGCUUUGACAUUGCUUUCAUUCAGAAGAGCCACACAACAGCAGUGCACACCCCACAACCUGCUGUACCACAGCCGGAUACAGACUCAGCCAGUUCAGGUUCAGGGCCCGUCGCUGGUUCUGUUUCUGUCUCGGAGCUGAAGAAAGAGGGAGGAAACGUCCUGGCGCCUCUUAAAAGACUUCUUCCCACCAGGCUUAUCAAACAAACGGGGGCCCAGUCAGACUCUGGAGCCAACUCCGAGGAAGAGUGCACCAACAGUUAUUUGACUCUUUGCAAUGAGUAUGAACAAGACAAAGUAGAACCAGAUGCACUUGAGGAGGAAGAGGCGAGGAGUGAACAGGAAAUGCUGUCACUAGAAGUUCCCGUUGUGACGACCACCACUUCCUCACGUAGCCGAUCGCUGAUGAGCAACGACAGCCUCUCGUCACCUCUCAGCUCUCAGGAACUUGGCUUCUUCACCGAGUCAUCCGACAAAAGUGGCCACACCCACGACAAUGAGCAGGACCACAGCGAGGGACAGGACCAAGGGGAAGUUUUUAGUCCUUUACCCUCUCCUGCCGUGCCCCUGUCACUGGAUCAGUCCAAGCACACGCCAAUGGAGUUUUUCCGUAUUGACAGCAAAGACAGUGCAAGCGAGGUGACAUGUCUCGACUUUGGAGAGCAGCGCCCCCCUAAUAAGCAGGUCCCGCUUUUGUCUACGUCCGACCUGGGCUCGGACAUCCCCGAAGAUCUUCCAGAGCUGGCUCAGGAGGUCAAGGGCCACAGCUCGGAGCUUUGGUCGUUAGAUUGCAGUGAUAAAGGCUCCAAUGAGUCAGUGCCAGUCAUCUCAUUUAAAGAGGCGGUAGUGGCGGACGAUGGUCACCCACCUGAUCUCCUGGUCAACCUUCCUGCAAUGAGUGGGACCGUGGACUCGUCACAGGAGGAACUGGAGACCUCGGGAGUGUGUCUGGGCCUCGAGGCCACAGCCUCUCCUCAGAAGUGCAUCCAGCCAGAUGUUUUACAGCUUCACAGCCAGCCGGAGGAGGAGGAGGAGCAGACACUGGAGCAGGAGCUGUCAUCUCUGUGUACAGCCUCUGCAGCCUGCGACACCAGUGUUGCCUCCUCCUCUCCCCUCAACUCAUUGUGGGACGACUACAGCCUAGCAUUUGGCAUAGAGGCCUCUGACAAAAUGGUUUUUGAUGAAUGCCAAAAUAAUGACCUUCCUCUCGACGCAGACAUUUCAGGAGCUGACUCAAGUAGCGAAAAACCAGAAGCCAGUACGAGAAUAAACACAGACCACAGUGCAGCCUCUAUCCCAGACGCGUACGGGACAGAGGCCUGUGCUGUGGUCGAGGGUUUAUUACAUCUUGAUGGUGAAUUAUCAGGAAUGGUUAGCAAUAAAAGUGUCAUCGAGUUUGAUAAAGAAGUAUCGCGGCUGUUCGCGAAGCUGGACGAGCUGUCGCUGGCUGCAUCCCAAGCCCGUAUACCGGAGGAGUUUGUCCAACGCUGGGCUGUGGAGAUGGUGACAGCUCUGGAUUCACUGCACCAAGAAGGUAUCAUCUGUCGAGACCUGAACCCCAACAACAUCCUGCUCGACCACCAAGGUCACGUUCAGAUCACCUACUUCUGUAGCUGGAGUGAUGUGGAAGAGUCCUGUGACAAAGACGCCAUUGCCAAUAUGUACUGUGCACCAGAGGUGGGAGGUAUCAGUGAGGAAACGGCAGCGUGUGAUUGGUGGAGUUUGGGCGCCAUCCUGUUUGAGCUCCUGACGGGCAUGUCUCUGCUGCGGUGCCAUCCAGCAGGAAUCAGUCGCCACACGGCUCUCAGCAUCCCCGAGUCUGUUUCAAAGGAGGCCAGAUCUCUGCUCGAGCAGCUGCUCCAGUACAACCCAAUGGAGCGACUGGGGGCAGGAGCGGGAGGCGUGGACGAUAUUAAAGCCCACCCUUUCUUUGCCAGAGUAAACUGGUCCAAGUAGACGCUAGGCAUUGUGUGACUGUGGAAAAAGCUGAGCUGCAUGCUGGGAAACGCGGUCCCAAUUGAACGCUUUUGGAGACUGGAAACACAAGUAGAUAUACAGUAAAUUAUGCAUCUCUGCACACGUCCCAUUUUGUUCUUUCCCCAUUUACUUGUCUGAUUCUUUUUUUAAUCUUUUUUAAUAGAAUUGGCGAAGCAUCAGUAUUAUCUUCCCUGCACACUGCUUAUUUCUUAGGGUUUAACACUUAAACAACAUGUGUGGUGCAAUAAUUUUCACAGAAAGUGUGUGAGUGAUGAUCCACUGCAGUGUUGCUGCUCCUUGUGCCGAAGCCAAAAUAACAACUAAAAGCGAGAGGUGACAUUUUGUCCUUGUGUUUCACUGCAUUUAUUUAACACGGUUUGUUAAUUUUGUUUCAAACUGACGCAAUUCACUUUUCUUAAAGACCCAUGUGCAAUAAACUCCAUUUGUCGCCACCUUAACACUUAAGUCAUUCCUCAUGAAGCCCACUGAGAUUUAAUUGUGCUGGGCUGAGCUUCUGCUUCGAUGACAGGGUUGUGCCGUUGCUCUGAUCUACAAACCGAUAUCUAAUUUCUUACAUGUUAAGUUUUUUGUGACCAACCCCCUUUUUACUGACAACCAGCCCAAGAACAAUAAGACACUAUGCAAAGCAGAAUGAACAAAAUCUACUGAGGCAAGAGACAGAUUUAGAUUCUGAUUGAAUAUUAGUCAGAAUAGAUUUGAGUUAUUUAAUAGAUUUUUGCAAGAAAAGGUUUAAAGUUUUUGUAGACCAAACUGUAUGUAAAGAUGGACGACCUGGCUAAAAAUUAAACUGAAAUAUCCUGGAUAGCAGCGCUGCCAUCCUGCACAUUUGGAGUCUGCGCAGUUACCAUUGGGAGGAGGCGGGGUUAACUGACUAGGUGUUGAUCAAGAUGCUUUGGCCUCACAGUUUUGGAGCAAUCAUGUCGUCCAUCUUUAUUUAUAGUCGGCAGCGAGUUGUUCAUUCUGGAAAUGAAGAAUAAUAAUGAGAGAGCAAACUUAAACCAUAUUUGACACUGGUUUAACACACUAUUUUAGUAAGUGAAAACGUUUUUGUGCACGUAAGAAUAUGAUUUAAGUAAUGUAUUUAAUACUAUGAAGAAAAACAAAUCCAUCGGUCAACAAGUAAUGUGUGUUCUGUAAAUAUACCUUUUUAAAGGAUGUGCUGAGUGAAAGAUGAACACGUUUGGUCAAAGCCAAGAUUAUCUUGUCAAUCACACACGGCCUGAUCAAUCACAUCCUUGUUUAUUUGACUGUGUGUUUUGUGUUUUAAAGCAGCACUUCCUCUAACCUGCCACGUAUUGAUUUUAUAAACCUGUAAUAACUGAAGAUGAGACGAAUGCAUUUCUCUUAACCACACUCAGAUAAUCACUCCUGUUUCCGCCACAGUGUAAAAAUGUUUCCUAACAGAAAUAAUAAGAUCCAUUUCCCACUAAUUAACCUUUUUAUCAGACACAAACUUCGCAGUGAGAUGAGAUUGAUGUUUUUUUUCCUGGUUUCCUAUUGAAUGCUCCCUCUCGUCUGUGUGUGUGUGUCUGUACUGGUCUGUCAGUGCAUUCUGGAAAACAAUAAACAUACCUGGAGGAGCACAUGAA